AUGGGCGUCCUGUGGAGCUGUCCGAGCUGUGGCCGAAUACAGUGGAAUCCUCAACCUUGACCUCAGAGUAUUAUGAAUUUUCUGAAAUCAGGGAUAAAGAUCUGGUGCUUGGAUUUACUCUCUUUUUAUUGCAUACUGAAAUGAGUUAUGAAAUGGCCAAAAGAUAAUCAUGGAAAAGAAAAGAAAAGAAAAGAAAAGAAAAAAAAACCUCAAGAUCUUUAGUUAGACACAAUUUGGAAAUAUCUGAAGCAACAGAACUGGAACAAGGACCCUCAUAACUUUUUGCUUUUGUUUCUACCAAUCCGAUGUCAUACAUGGCUACUGAUGGCAAUGAGCUUCAGGUUCCCUUGCGUCAGAAGCAGAGAAAGAAAACUCAAGGUUUUUUCAGCAUGAGUCGAAGGAGGAUAUCGUGUAAAGACCUGGGACAUGCUGACUGCCAAGGGUGGCUCUAUAAGAAAAAAGAGAAAGGAACUUUCCUAGGCAAUAAAUGGAAAAAGUUCUGGGUGGUCCUGAAGGGGUCGUCGCUGUACUGGUACGGCAAUCAGCUGGCAGAAAAAGCCGACGGAUUUGUUAACCUGCCUGAUUUCACUGUAGAGAAAGCGUCUGAAUGCAAGAAAAAGCAUGCUUUUAAGAUCAGUCAUCCACAGAUCAAGACCUUUUAUUUUGCUGCUGAAAAUGUGCAGGAGAUGAACCUGUGGUUAAACAAAUUGGGAUUAGCUGAAAUCCACCCUGAAUCCACUUCAAAGGAUGAAGAAUGCUACAGUGAGAGUGAACAGGAAGAUCCUGAAAUAGCUGUCCAGACGCCACCCCUUCAUCACUCUGCGGAGAGUCUCUCUCCUUCGGCUGCACAGCAGGCAUCUUCAUCUUCACCUAAAUUGAGUGAAACAUCACGUUCCUUCUCUUCCAUGGAAAACAUAAAAAAGACUCCCAGCAGUUUGUCUUCCUCCGUAUCGAGAGAAAGACAGUCCUGGAUUGAUGUGGUCAGCAGCUCGCCUGCCACUGAGGAUACGGGACAGUCUGUGACGUGUGCCGUGCGGUUGCGCUCACCGGCCCCCUCAGAGGCGAACGGUCGCGGGGCCCUGGAAAACAACGCUGAUGCAUCAGAAAGUGGAUUUUUGAACUCUCUAUCGAGUGAUGACACUUCUUCCUUGAGUAGCAACGUUGACCAUCUUACCGUCCCAGACAAGCCUAUUGGAUCAAAGAUGACGGACAGAGAAGAGACAAAAGCAUCUGAAGAUGACGAAAUGGAGAAGCUCUACAAAUCGUUAGAGCAAGCUAGUCUGUCUCCUCUUGGGGACCGACGACCUUCAACCAGAAAGGAGCUGAGAAAGUCCUUUGUCAAGCGGUGCAAGAAUCCAUCCAUAAAUGAGAAACUCCACAAAAUACGAACUUUGAAUAGCACGUUAAAGUGUAAAGAACACGACCUGGCCAUGAUUAACCAGCUGCUGGAUGAUCCGAAGCUGACAGCCAGAAAAUAUAGGGAGUGGAAGGUCAUGAACACCCUGCUGAUCCAGGACAUCUAUCAGCAACAUCAGCAGAGGCGAAGCCCCACCUCUGCCUCCGAAGGCUCCCCCCAGAAACCACCUUCCUCUGCCCGCCUUGAAAAUUCUAUCUGAGAACAAGCCAGGAUACUCUCCCCUCCUGUCUUACCCCUCAGGCAACUCUUCAAGACGUUGCAAUAGCUUCAUAUUUUUCCUUGUAAAGGAAAACUGAAACCCAGUUUCUGGAAACACCAGCUCCUCCUAGAGGGAUGCGGUUGGGAUGAAAACAAACAAUGAUGCUGCCUCACCAAUUCCAGUGCUCCCAUCGGACUGGAGGGAUGGAGUUCAGCUGAGAAAUCUGUGUCUGUGUUCCUUCUGGGACCGCUGGUCACACUGGGUUCUAGGUGGGAUAUGAGAACCACAUCUUCUGUUUCUUGUUCUCAAGAGAAGGACAGCAUUCCACGGACAAAAGAUCACUUUUGGCAGGGAUACUUCUUCAUAGAAAUAUUCUGUUUUCUAAAAGAAGAAUGUACAUAUUCCAUCUGGUUGGGUAGCUGAGUUCCCCAAAUCACCUUUUGAGUGGAGGAAUGCUUUCUAUAGAGCACCCGGAGCAGGACAGAUGUGGUAUCGUGGAACCCAAGUUCCUUGCCUUUGGUCCAGAAUGGUGGUGACUUUCCCACGUGUUGAGAAAUGCUUCAUUGCAAAUGGUGUAUGGGAAUCCUCAAGAAGGAGACAUGUUCUGUAUUCCACUCAUUCAAAGGACAGCUUAAUAUUUUCACACUUUAUCCCGGUUGGGGUAGGGGACCAGAUUCAUGUGUCCUUUCCACACAACAGCUAAAGACAACUCUCUCAUCACACUUGGACACUUCUAUUCCGACCUAAGCUUUUCUGAACCAGGACAUAGUAAAAACAUCCAGCGAGGAGUGUUUCCUGCCAUUGCCCUUGGGUGUGGUAGCUAUGCAUGGUAUAUGCAUGCAGGGAGUUCCCUGGUGGUUCAGUGGUUAGGACUCCAUGCUGUCAGUGCCGAAGGCCCAGGUUCAAUCCCUGGUUGGGGAAUUAAGAUCCCACAAAAAGCACAACAUGGCCAUUAAAUAAAUAAAUGUAUAUCCAUGAUCCCCAGGAUCAAUAUUGACAAGGUGAUUCUGGUGUCUGAAACUUUUAGUAUCUUUACUCCAAAAAAAAAAGUUAAAAUUGUUUUAUUUUUGUAUGUGUAUGUGUCACUAUGUGAAUAGCUAUAUAUAAUAUGUUUAUUAUUUAAGGAUAUUUAUAGAAGUUCAGAUUACUAGUGUCUUAAAAGAGGCUAUAUACUAUAGUAUGUUUUGUUCAGUAUAUAUUUCAAAGUAUAUCCUUUUUGCUUGAGAAAAAUAGAAAUACUAUGGAUUCAUUGGAGUUAUGAUAUUGCACUAUAAUGUCUGAGGAAUGCUCAGGAAAUCUUGUGGGAUAAAUGUAGGGCAUGCAUUGCUGAUGAUAAUCUUUAUUUUCUGGCUUUUCUCUCUGCUUCUGUCUCUGUCUUUCUGUCUCUGUCCCGAGAAUGCUUAGCUUUCUAUCUGUUGUAAACCAUUCUCCUAACCAGAAAAGGACUUUCCUCUUACAUCAUCCCUUCUAGUAAAUACACUUUAAGUUUUAUGCCAUUUAUGCCCACACAUCCUAAACCAAAUGAAGCACAACUAAUGCAGUCUUCUGAAGACUAAUAGACCAAUACCCUUAAAGGGAACUCAUUUUAUUAGAGAAACAGGAGGCAAGUCUCCACUCACUAAUCACCACGAAUACUUCUCUCCAUAAGAAUAACCGCAACACCUCAGAGACCCAUUUCAGCCUGACCUUGAGCAAAUUGUCAACACAACCUCAUUGCCUUUGUAGUGUCAGAGUGUGUGGCUUGACAUUCAAAUGGAAAUAACCCCACCCUGAAUUUUAAAUGCAAACUAAGUGGAAAUAGUUGUUAAAAAUUUCCGUAAGCUUUACUAAGAAGUCUUACUAUUUUGUAAACAAAAAACAACUUUAGCAUUAAGAAGAGGAGGGGGUGGAAACCAAGCAAGAAGCACAUUGUAAUACUAGAAGCUUCUGAGAGAUAAACGCCAUGCUGGUCAGUUUGACCCAGUAAGCAUUAAGGUACUGUUGCCCCAGGUGGAACUGUUGGCCCCAAGAGAAGGAAUGAUUCAGGUCUUCAGGCUGGACCCUGAAGCUUCUGGUUUGAAGACUGGUGUUUCAUCCUCUUUACUCUAGAAAUUAUCAUUGAUUCUGCCUGUAAUUCAGUUCAGUCAGUUCAGUUCAGUCACUCAGUCAUGUCUGACUCUGGGACCCCAUGAAUCGCAGCACGCCAGGCCUCCCUGUCCAUCACCAGCUCCCGAAGUUUACUCAAACUCAUGCCCAUUGAGUUGGUGAUGCCAUCCAGCCAUCUCAUCCUCUGUCGUCCCCUUCUCCUCCUGCCCCCAAUCCCUCCCAGCAUCAGGGUCUUUUCCAAUGAGUUAACUCUUCGCAUGAGGUGGCCAAAGUAUUGGAGUUUCAGCUUCAGCAUCAGUUCUUCCAAUGAACACCCAGGACUGAUCUCCUUUAGGAUGGACUGGUUGGAUCUCCUUGCAGUCCUAGGGACUCUCAAGAGUCUUCUCCAACACCACAGUUCAAAAGCAUCAAUUUGUCAGCACUCAGCUUUCUAUGCUUGUAAUUAGCUGCAUCUAAUUCUUCCUGUUUCCAUUGUUUCCCCAUUUCCCCGUCUAUUUGCCAUGAAGUAAUGGGACCAGACGCCAUGAUCUUCGUUUUUUUGAAUGUUGAGUUCUAAGCCAGCUUUUUCACUCUCCUCUUUCACUUUCAUCAAGAGGCUCUUUAGUUCCUCUUCGCUUUUUGCCAUAAGUGCGGUGUCAUCUGUAUAUCUGAGGUUGUUGAUAUUUCUCCUGGCAACCUUGACUCCAGCUUGUGUUUCAUCCAGCCUGGCAUUUCUCAUGAUGUACUCUGCAUAUAAGAUAGAUAAGCAGGGUGACAAUAUACAGCCUUGAUGUACUUCUUUCCCAGUUUGGAACCUGUCUGUUGUUUCACGUCUGGUUCUAACUGUUGCUUCUUGACCUGCAUACAGGUCAAAUUCUUUCUGUAAUCAGAAGGUGGAUUGUUUAGGGUUCUCAAUGGAAACAAAGUGGUGAGAAAAGCUGAUAAAUCAUGGAGGAAAAGAUAUUAUGAUAUAUGUUCUUCUGCCUUAUUUCUCUUUGGUUUCUAGCACCACCUGAUAGAUGUCAAACCAGUUUUCCCCAGGAGGAAGUGCUUCAACAGCUUGCAGAUAUAUUUUAAUGCUUUACUGUGACUUUUCGUUAAUAUAUACAUGUAACUGACCUUUUCAAGUCCACUGGUACCACCCCAAUUUAAAGGCAAAAUAGAUCUGUGAGAUGACUUAAUCCAGUCUUUCAAUUACUUUUCAAGGUGAAGUCAGUUGACACAUUUUUGCUUUGUUAGUUGAAACAGCUACCCUACAGAACCAACUCCCCCCCACCCCCGUGAAAGUUAAAACUGAGUUGCAGGAUUUCGCGCCCAGCUUUUCUAGACCAGACUCACAUGCUCACUUGUGACUUCCCUUCUGGGGAUGUGUUCAGUCUGUGUUCUGUUGUGCUAGGAAGUAGGGGGGCAGCAGCUCUGAGUUCCCACCUUCAGCUGUGGUUGAAGAAGAGGGCAAGAGAAGGGAGAACAGGAGGGUGACGUUCUUCAGAAGUAAUGCCAGUAAGUCUCUCUGUGCAUGAAGCCAUUUUUUUCUUAUCUGAGGGAUACCGAGAAAAGUGGAUUACUUCCGAUUUAUUCCUGAGGACUGGACCAUCUCUGAAAUGGAUUUGGGGCCAUUUCGUGUGGGUCUAAGGGGAGGUUCCUAUACCCUUUGCUGUUGUCAAAGUUUACUGUUCCUCCCAUACUGAUCUGCUGCUGGGCUGGCUGUGGAUUGGGGUGUAACUUAUCAUUCUGCUUCCUUUCCUUCCUUCUGUAAAGUACAUUGCUUGUUAGGAGCUGUGAGACCCUGGGACAAAAGAGAUCUGUUGUCAAGGGCUGUGGAACCGCACACCACCAUGACCACUCAGGAAGUGGAGAAGCUCUGAGCGUAACUGGGUCUGAACCUAUGGCACCUGCCGUGGACUAGGAUCUGGCUUGGACUCCUCUCUGGGGUUGUUGUGGGUCGGGGGACUGCUUCCCUCCACUGCUUGCCUUGUGCAUGAUGUGAUGCUUUCACUGAUCGGACCACUGCAGGAUCUGCUGAGUCGCGUCCCUCACGUGGAGGAUGUCUGUUGCGUUGAGUAAUCCUGAGUUGUGUCACAGUCUCUGUUACCACACCCCUGGCCUACAGCCUUGGACGAAGACUCUAAAGCACACUAUGGUGAAGACUCCCAGAAGCAAGCUUGGGGAAACGCUUGUGCUGGAGUCAGAGGUCAAGGUGACAUGAUGGUGCCUUAGGUUUAAGUAGCACUUUGUAGUAGUUUGCAAAUGGAUGUGUUUCAGGUUCCCCCUCCGCCUCCGGAGGAGUCUCUGUAAUACUCGGGAUGGCUGUGGAUUAUCAUUCCUUCUGGCCAAGGAGUGCAAGUGCCUUGGGGAGGCCCCCACGUGGUCUGGCCAGGACGUGAGCGUGAGUCUCCCUCCAUCUCUGCCUUGCGCGGUGGUGUGGGGGCCCAGCAGGUGAACUUGACUGUACAUGCCCUUGCACUGCCGUGGCCCAGGGCCAUGAUGGCUUUUCCGAGGUCAUCCACCAGAAACCCGAGGGCCCCUGUUCCUUGAGUACAGUCUCUUCCUCGCGGCCUGAAAGUUUACUGUUCCUCCCAUACUGAUCUGCUGCUGGGCUGGCUGUGGAUUGGGGCGUAACUUAUCAUCCGGCUUCCUUUCCUUCCUUCUGUAAAUUACACUGCUUGGUAGGAGCUGUGAGAUCCUUGGAUGAAAGAGAUCUGUUUGUUUUUCCUUUUUAAACGUGUCAGGAGAGGCCAGACACUGAGCUUAGUGAUUAAGGGUUAGGACCUUAAGUUGCUCUCAGCUCUUUUUUAUGUCAUUAUGCUAAUUUCCUUAGAUAGCCUCUAAAUCAUAAGCAGUAUCACAGAGGCAAACCAGACACUUUCAAGUCUUUUGAGGAGAGGCACUGUACCAGUUCCAGCCAUAUAUAAAUUUAUGGACAUAUACCUCUUUGUAUGAUACUCCAAUUGAUAAUAUUUUGAUGAAGUCCACAGAAGAUCAAGUGAGUAAUUUAGGUGCAGAAGGGGGCCACCCAAUAGUCACUCUGUGUUGCAAAGCCGCCAUGUCUAAAUGAAGUUUUAGGAUGGAUCUCCUCUUCCGUCUAAUAUUUGAUAUUUGAUUGGGGUUUUCCAAUUGACUUCACCAUAUUAAUUUUUUGGGGGGGGUAUACUGAUACUUAUAUAUAAGAGAAAUAGAGUCCUAGAAAUGUGGAGUGACUGCCUCCCUAGGGUUUUGUAAUAUGUCACAAAAAUGGAAGCCCCCGAAACUAGAUUUUAAGAACUCAUAGGAAAUGGACUGAGGUGGAUCAGUCAUUCCUCCAGCACCCGGAGCUGCUGUCUCAGUGAACAAGAUAAUGAACUCGUUUCUGUGUGUUGUGAGACAGGAAGCCUUCUCUGCACAUCUUCACCCUUGCACACAUCACCACAGACCACAGAGAAAAUGAAGAAAUGGAUUCUACGUUUUGAAUAAUACUUCUGUUUCUUGUGCUGUGAGAAGACUUCACUGCCCUGUUUUGAUAUUUCUUUACCUUGAAUCCAAAAGGGGACGCAUGCCCCAGGGAGACGAUUAACAUCUCGUCAUAAAGCCCAGGAUUUUAUUCCACCGUGUCUUUUAACGUCCUUGCAUGAUGGGGAUGUGACUUUUUGCACUGCAUGAUGUUUGCGGGCAAGAUGUUACUGUCGAAACAAUACCUUCGAUCUCAUACUCUGUCAUCUCCCCUCUUGGAACGAACUGAAAAAAGAGGCAUGACUCAUUUCUCCUGCUUUCUGUGUUUGAGGAUGACUUGUCAGAUAAAAAUAAAAACAGGAGAAAAUAUGUCUAGUAAAAUGACAUGGGAAACAGUGGAAAUGUUCUGCUCGUGUUCAUUUUCUGCCCUGCAAUGUUGCUUGGUCAAAAUAAAAAUUCCCUGGGAAGUA